AUGUCUACAGCUGAAGAAAUUGCAAAGAAGGCUAGGGUUGCUGGUAAUGUUUUAAAGACUCUAUCUAACGAGAGUCGUUCUUCAAUAUUAUACAAAAUUCAUGAUGCUUUAAAGGCAAAUGCAGAAAAAAUUGAGGCAGCUAAUAAGAUAGAUUUGGAUGUAGCUAAUACCUCAGGUCUUUCUCCAUCAUUAAUAAAGAGGUUGGACCUUUUCAAAGGUGAUAAGUUUGAUACUAUGCUGCAAGGCAUUAAGGAUGUAGCAGAUUUGGAAGAUCCAGUAGGUAAAGUCAAACUGGCUAGAAAACUAGAUGAAGAUUUAGUUUUAUAUCAAGUUACUGCACCAAUUGGAGUGCUUUUGGUUAUUUUUGAAUCACGUCCAGAAGUUAUUGCUAACAUUACAGCCUUAUGUAUUAAAAGUGGUAAUGCAGGUAUUUUAAAAGGUGGUAAAGAAUCCGUCAAUACUUUUAGGGAAAUGGCACACAUUAUCAAUGAUACAAUUGCAGCUAAUGUCGACAACACAGGUGUCCCAGUAGGUGCUGUGCAGCUUAUCGAAACCAGGCAGGAUGUCAGUGAUUUAUUAAGUCAAGACGAAUAUAUUGAUCUGGUUGUCCCAAGAGGAUCUAAUGCAUUAGUUAGAAAUAUUAAAAACAGUACAAAGAUUCCUGUUUUGGGUCAUGCUGAUGGAAUUUGUUCUGUUUAUGUAGAUGAGUAUGCAGAUAUUGAAAAGGCUAAAAAAAUUACACUUGAUGCUAAGACUAAUUAUCCAGCAGGCUGUAAUGCUAUGGAAACACUUUUAAUUCAUCCAAAAUGUAAUCAGUGGUGGGAGGUUUUAGAAAAUUUGUCAUGUAAUGGAAAUGUUAUGUUGCAUGUCACUAAAGAUGUUAAAGAAGCAUAUACUGCUAAAUUAGAAGAAUUGAAUAGAUUUGAUGAUGCUGUUAGUUCCAAACUAGUAGAUGUAAAUGAAAAUGAGGAUUUUGACAAGGAAUUUCUAGCUUUAGAAUGUGCUGUCAAAUUUGUGAAUUCAACACAAGAAGCUAUUCAACAUAUUAAUUUACAUUCCUCUAGACACACAGAUUCUAUCGUUACAGAAAAUAAAGAUAAUGCAGAAGCUUUCUUGAGAGGUGUUGAUUCAUCUGGUGUUUAUUGGAAUGCUUCCACUAGAUUUGCAGAUGGGUUCAGAUAUGGUUUUGGUACAGAAGUUGGUAUUUCUACUUCAAAGAUUCAUGCUCGUGGGCCAGUUGGGCUGGACGGUCUGGUUAUUUACCAGUAUCAAAUUAGAGGUAAUGGUCAAGUUGCAUCUGAUUAUUUAGGGGCAGGUGGUAACAAAGCCUUCAUUCACAAGGAUCUUGAUAUAAAAAACAUUAGAUUAUAA